AUGUCUCCACCAACCAGCGACCCAACUACCCUGAGCAAAACGUUCGACUUCAAAUCCCCGACGCAUUCCUUUAAUGUCAGAUGGACAUCGCUCGGCUCUCUGACCUCGCCGCCACUCAUCUUCAUACAUGGCACUCCCUGGUCUUCCCGCGUUUGGGUACCCUUCGCGCUGGCUCUAUCCCACAAGUACAGGGUGUACCUCUUCGACAACCCUGGUUUCGGAGAUUCACCAAUCGAGCAGCUUCUACCCAAUGGCGAUUUCAAACCAAAAAACGAAGUGGAGAGACUAGACAGUGAUCUCGCUCGCCAAACUUCAGCCUUCGCCGCUAUCUUCAAGCAUUGGCAGACCACAGAAGGAUGGAAGUCAAAACCCCACGUUGUCGCUCACGACCAUGGCGGAUUGAUGAGUCUUCGUGCCUAUUUGCUGCAUGGAUGUCAAUAUAAGAGUCUUUGCCUCAUAGACGUUGUCGCUAUCGGUCCCUUUGGUCAGCCUUUGUUCAAAGGCGUCGCAGAGAACCCGGGGGCCAUCGAGAGUUUACCUGAUAUGUCGUUUGAAGGUAUCCUCGAAUCAUAUAUCAGGAACGCUGCGUACACUAUGCUGGAUGAGAAGACAAUGAGCAUGCUCAAGUCACCAUGGCUGGCAGAAGGUGGCAAGGGAGGGUUCGUCCGCCAACUAUGCCAAGCCGCUCAUCGGAGUACGGAAGAGGUUGAGGGACGGUACGCAGAGGUGGGGGAGAACAUGUCCGUGAAAGUCAUUUGGGGCAAGCAGGACAAUUGGAUUCCUGUAAAAGAUGCACAUAGGCUUGGUGAGGUGUUGAGUGCGAAGGAGGUAGUAGAGGUUGACGGAGCCGGACAUCUCAUCAUGUACGAUCAGCCUGGGCAGUUGGGUGUUGAACUGGGUAUGUGGCUAUCUUCGGCCGAUGCGUGA